UGGACCGUUCGGAUGGUUCGGGACUUCAGUCACUCGAGUCCAGUCCAGUCCCCUCAUUCACGAAUUCUCGGGAUUUUCGUCGCGCGUUGACUGGUGGCCAUAUUGAGCUUUUUCGUUCUUUAGAUGUUUCGCUGGAUUAUACCUGCAUGAACGCGUUGGCGAGUUGCAUGCUGAAGUAAAUCGGUUCUUGGCUUCGAAAAAUUCUCUAUCAGGAAUAAACAAUGCCGAAGGAAACUCAUCCCAGGGAUUCUUAUCGAUACCGAGAGUACUCUCGGGAAGAUAGAGAUCGAGACAGGAGUUCCAGAGAUUCGCGCGAUUAUCCUAGGGGGGAAUAUCCUCGAGAUUCACGAGAUUAUCCGAGAGAUUCUUCGAGGGAUUCAAGAGAUUCAAGAGAGUCAAGAGAUUAUCCCCGAGAAUAUAGUAGAGAAUAUAGUAGAGCGUACAGUAGAGAUAUGGGGGAUCAGGCAGGAACCGGAAGGGCGAUGGGCCGGAGUCGAGGUCGUGCAAAACCGACGCCUCCGUUAGAAAGAGAAUCGGACAGUUGGGGCCGAAGACCCGGAUCUCAGGAACCUACGGCUGGAAGUUCCGGAGGUUAUUCCAGAGCACCAUCUUCAACGAGCGUUGGUCGCGCCACACAAAGGGUAGCCCCAGUUCACGAGACGCCAUAUGAAUCUGGUGGUUCAACUCCACCAGAGCCAUCUUCUCCACCAUCUGGGCCUGGAGGUGAUGUCGUCGCGGUUGGUCGAGGAGGAAUGAGAGGACGAAGGAGGGUGAACGAAUCUGAAUGUCUCCUGACGCGACCGCCCGGAUGUGCAACGAAACAAGGAUCCUAUGGUCAGAAGAUCGAUCUUCAGGCUAAUUAUUUCCAGCUGCUAACAAAAUCCUCCACGGAUUGGUGUUUAUAUCAGUACCGUGUGGAUUUCGCACCGGACGAGGAGAGAACCGUCGUCCGGAAAGGACUUUUGCGUCUGCAUCGAGCGGCAAUUGGUGCUUACAUUUUCGAUGGAACCGUCAUGUACACCAGCUCCAAACUUGUCAUGGCGAAAGAUCAACCAAUGGAAGUAUUCUCAACGAGACAGUCGGACCAAAGUCAGAUUAGGAUCACAAUCCGAUUGGUCGGUGAACUCCGCAAAGGUGAUCACCACUACAUACAGUUUUUUAAUAUUAUCAUGAGAAAGUGCCUCGAUCACUUAGAUCUUCAACUCGUUGGCCGAAAUUUCUUCGAUGCGAAGAAUAAAGUCCAAAUCCGAGAAUUCAGAAUGGAAUUGUGGCCCGGUUAUUUGACAUCAAUUCGUCAGUGUGAGUACAACAUUCUCCUAUGCGCAGAAAUCACGCACAAAGUAAUGCGAGAGGACACGGUUCUGGACAUGCUUGAACAAUUUUACAGAACCUACCAGGCCGAAUACAAGAAAUUCUUCUCGAAGGAAAUCAUGGGUCAGAUCGUUCUGACUGGAUACAAUAAUAAUACUUAUCGGAUUGACGAUGUGGACUAUACGGUCAGGCCGAGUUCCACGUUUAAAUUGAGAAAUGGAGAGUCGAUUUCCUACAAAGACUAUUAUGCGUCAAAAUACCACAUAAGAAUAAGGAACGACUCACAGCCGAUGUUGGUGUCGAGAUCGAAGCCAAAGGAUCGACGUGCCGGACAAGCUGAGCUUGUUUAUCUUGUUCCGGAAUUGUGCAGAACUACUGGUUUGACGGACGAGAUGCGAUCGAGUUAUCAGACAAUGAACGCCUUGGCGACACACACGAAACUGGAGCCAAGAGCUCGUAUCGAGCGUUUGAUGUCGUUCAACAGACGUUUGCUGAGCGAACCGAAGGUCGUCGAGGAGUUGAAUGACUGGGGACUGAUGCUGGACGGUCAAUUGACGCAUGUUCCUGGGCGAGUCAUACCCCGAGACAAGAUAAUCAUGGCAAAUGGGGUCGCUCUCGUUCCCAAGGGCCAAAAUUGGGACACCGAAGUCAGGUCCAAUCAGUUGUUGGUCACCACCGAACUCCGCGAUUGGGUCAUUGUCUGCACUGGAAGAAUGAAACGCGAUUGUCAGGAACUGAUUAACAGUAUUUCGCGAGCUUCACAAGGAAUGAGGUUCCGAGUCGAGCAGCCGAGACUUGCUGAAAUCCCAAGCGACCGGUCGAACUGUUAUACGGAAAUGCUCGAGUCUAUUAUGAGCCGAUCGAAUCCCCAACUUGUGAUGUGCAUUGUGCCGAACAACAAUCUCGAUCGAUACUCGGCCAUCAAGAAGAAGUGUUGCGUCGAUCGGCCCGUUUUGUCGCAAGUUGUCCUCACCAAGACAAUUAUGGCGAAGGGUCGGCCAAAUUUGACCGCCGCGACCAAAAUUGCGAUCCAGAUGAAUUGCAAACUUGGCGGCGCUGGUUGGACGGUCGAAAUACCGAGUGGAAAUAUUAUGGUGGCCGGUUUCGAUGUCUGUCACGACAAGACAGUCAAGGGCCGCGAUUUUGGAGCCCUCGUAGCGUCGCUGGACAAAAAUUUCAGCCGCUACUUUAGUUCCGUGAGUGCACACGCCUCGGGCGAGGAACUGUCGAAUGAUUUGGGCGUGAGCAUGUGCAAAGCGGUGCAAAAGUAUCAGGAGUUGAACGGUGUUUUGCCGUCGGCAAUAAUUUUCUACAGAGACGGUGUGGGCGAGGGACAGGUUCCAUUCGUCCAUGAAAUUGAAGUCGAGGAAUUGAAAAUUAAACUCGCCGAUCUCUAUGGUGGUGAUAUAGCCAAUGUCAAAUUGGCAUUUUUGAUUGUGACGAAAAAAAUUAAUACAAGGUUCUUCCACAACGGGCGUAAUGCACCCGCUGGAACAGUUGUGGACGACGUUGUCACGAAUCCGGCGAGAUAUGACUUUUUCCUGGUGUCGCAAGGCGGCGGAAAAGGGACAAUCGCUCCCUCGGGAUACAGCGUGAUCUCGGACACUUCGCAGUGGGGUCCCGACAAAAUUCAAAGGAUGACGUACAAAUUAACCCAGAUGUAUUACAACUUUGCCGGGGCAGUUAAAGUGCCGGCACCCUGCCAAUACGCGCACAAGCUGGCUGCCCUUGUCGCUCAAUCGAUCCAGCGACCGCCAAGUGGACAGCUCGAAACUCUGCUUUAUUAUUUGUAAUUUCGAUAUUUAUAAGAUACACUCUCUCCUCAGGGCACUCCUUUAUAUUUAAGUUUAGCUUUAAUCAACAAGUCAAGAAACCACCAACCACCAUCAUCAUAUAUUAUUAAUCCUUAAAUUUUACCGAAAUAUUCGCAAGAUAUUUGACUUUUUAUCUGAUAAGACGAUUUCUAAUUGAGGUAUUUGAUUUUUUUCAUUGGUCAAAAAUCAAAAAAAGACUAAUACACUUGUUUGUUUUUUUCUUCAUCUGUUUCUAGAUUAAAGAUAGAAAGUUUUUUUUGUUUCCUUUUUCAUGAGAGUAGUAGUAAAACUAGUAGGGAUAUUUUUAUAAACGCAGUGUCCUCCUCUCCAUUUUCGUUUUAUUUUUUUUUAUAUUUUAAAGAUAGUACAAAAGGUUACUAUAUAUCCAAGAGAAUAGAGUUAGUUUGCAUAUUUAGUUUGUGACGCAUUUUUGUACGGAAAAGUUGCGAGCACGUGGCCGUAGAAAUUCCGAAGUUUGAUGUAAAAGUCUAGAAAAUAAAUUUAUAUUAAAGAGA